AUGGAAUUGAAGUUUGAACUCCCACUUAUAAAUCAAAUAUUAGUGUGUUGUGAUGGAGCUUCAAGGGGUAAUCCAGGGUCUGCUGGUUUUGGUUUUGUUUGUAGAAACUAUGAAGGAGCUUUUCUGUAUGCAGAAGCAAGAGGUUUGGGGAUAACAACAAACUUCAUUGCAGAGUUGCUGGCAAUAAUAAGUACUGCAGAAUGGGUUAUUCAGGAGGAAGUAGAAGAUUUAACCAUCAACAUUGACUCCACAUCAGCUGUUAAAGCUUUCUUAUCAGUUGAUUCAUUGGCAAAAAGAGGAGCUGGGAUGAUAAGGGGAGAGGUACAACAGUUUUUGGUCAAGCCAUCUUUUCAUAAAGCUUUGGAAUUCCCAGGAAUAACAUACUAUAGAUUUCACUAA